CUUCUUGUCUCCAUCACAGGCCGAUUGUUCUUCCUCCGAGCUCCGUUGUCAGUGAAAGAUCAGGGGCACAGAAGCCGAUGAUGGUGGUCUUUUGUCAAACGAAGCACUUCCUGGACGAAUCUGACUGAUGUCGUGAGCGCACGAGCUCGGUUCUGACCAAUGGAGCGACCCCUUUAAGAGAGAAUGGCCCGGUGAUAGAGAGGCUCGGAUGACCCUGAGCGUUUCACUGAUUCGCUUGAAAAUGAGGAUUUGGAGCAGUGAGCAUGUUUUCAGUUAUCCAUGGGAGACUGUGAUCAAGGCAGCAAUGAGGAAGUACCCGAACCCCAUGAACCCCAAUGUUGUCGGGGUGGACGUGCUGGACCGCAGCCUGGACUCUGAGGGACGCCUCCACAGCCACAGACUCCUGAGCACAGAGUGGGGUCUGCCAGGGAUCGUAAGAGCGAUAUUGGGGACGAACCACACGCAGACGUACGUGAAGGAGCACUCCAUCGUGGACCCUGAUGAGAAGAAGAUGGAGCUGUGCUCGACAAACAUCACGCUCACCAACUUGAUCUCUGUGGACGAGAGGCUCCUGUACAGACCUCACCCGGACAACCCCGACAUGACGGUCCUGACCCAGGAGGCCAUCAUCACGGUCAAAGGAGUCAGUCUCAGCAGCUACUUGGAGGGGAUGAUGGCCAGGAGGAUGACGGCCAACGCCAGGAAGGGCUGGGACGCGAUUGAGUGGAUCAUUAAAAACUCCGAGCGAGAGAAUGUGCCUCUGUGUGACGUUUACUGACCUUGCCUCUGUCACACUCCUGCUGCGGAUGUUUGGCUGCUCCCACUCGGGUGUCGUGAUGGAUCCGAAUCUCGCUCUUUUGUGGAGUUCGUGAGGAAAACAGCAGACAUUUUUGCAGCGUCAUCGCCGCUGUCUAAUCCACGAUGACGCUCCAUGAGUCGGCGAAACAUUCUUCCACUGUUUUAAUCCAUCAGUAAUCUGCUGUUUUGAAUAUGUUUUGUAGAAGAGAAUUAACUUUUGGAAUACAAUGAAUGUAACAGUAAACCAUAUGCAAAACCUCUGUGACUCUGGAGCAGGGCUGUGCAACCAACAGGGGGCGCUGUACCUUUUUAACAAUGCAGGGAUUGAGGGAACUUUCUACUGCAGGAUCACGCUUGUAUCUCAGUGUGUGAAACUCACUCACGCAUCGAGGUCGUAUGAUGAGGAGCUUGACCUAUUGUUUACUGAAACAGAAAACAGACACAGCCCUGCUCUGGAGGUCAAAGGUCAGAUAAAUAACUGGUGCUUUUCCAAGAGGCGUAUAUAUUUUUGGCUGCAUGGUAGAAUAUGUGUCGGAGGCCAUCAUUGUCGACCAUCAGUCUGACAGUGUUAGCGUCAACAAGCCGAUGAAGUUACUUUGAUCAAGCUGGUAUAUAAUAUUUGCCUGGAUUGAUACUGGAUUUAACAAUGUAUGUGAAUAUUGAAAGCGAUUUAAUGAGUAAUAUAAGUUUAAUAUUUUUUUAAUAUAAUUUUUUUCAUUUAUCUGUUAAACGAUUGGAAAACAGAAAUGUUUCGUUCUUGUAAGAAUGUGGGUGAAGGUGAACUAUUAAUACUUCACGGUCUCCUGGGACCAUGAUGUUUGCAGAUGAUGUGGUGACUUGUGAGUGAGAAGUUGAGGGUGGAGCCUGUAGAGACGGCAAAUGAAAAGGCGGCGGUAGAGAGUUGGCUCCAAUUGUGACUCAAAGUCAUGUAGACACAUGACCAGCAGAUGGCGCAAUGACACUUCCAUCUUUGAAAGAGUUGAAGACAAAAAAAAAAAAAAAGAUUUCUUUUGUUUAUUAAACUGAACGAAGACAAAAUGCAUGGCAUAGCAUGUACAUGAUUCUCACUGUCAGGGCAGUGAUAGAAACAGCUGACUUCCAACACAAGAGUGUUACUACUAGUCAUACUGAAAUAAAAAGAGCUCAAAAAAACCAUGCACUGUUUUUAAUAACUCGUUUCAAACAAGACUCAGUACCUGGUGCAACUGGCUUCACCGGUGCUCACUGGCAAACACGAUACAAAAAUAGAAAAGUGAAAAACAAAAAGUAGAAACAAGCUGGUGUUGUGCGUUGACACGUGUCAGAUGUAGCAAACCAAACUUGUGCAGGAAAUGUGUCACCCUCCGCCUGCGUGUGCGCUAAAGUUGUGAAAUUAAAAAAAACAAUCACAAACCUCUCGACUCUCGUAACUUCAUGGAAACUUAAAAAAAAAAAAAAUGUCACUAAGAUUGCAUAACUGUCCCACAGCCUGACGCCCACCGGUCUCUGAAAACAUUUACAC